AUGAAAUUUGCUAUUGCUGCCACUGCUCUUGCUCUUGCUGCGUCCGUCUCAGCCAUCGUCCCUAACUGCAUUCAAGAAAUUGUUGCUCAAGAAGGUGACAAUUGUCGUACUAUCGCUCAACAACACAAGGUUUCUCUUGUUCAAUUAUACAGGUGGAACUUUGUUACUAAUGAUGCUCCUGUUGGCGAUUGUUCUGCAUUUGUUCCUGGCGAAUCCUACUGUGUUAAAGUCGAUCAUAGUCUUCGUAAGAGAAACUGGUUCUAUAAGACCAGGGGUCUUAAAGGUGCCAAGUUAGAUCUUGCUAAAAAGAGAAUUGCCGCUGCUAAAGCUCAAAAAGCUGCCAGCAAUGACAACAAAGGUCAAAAGAAGAAGGCCUCCAAGAAGUCAACUACUAAGAAGACGACAAAGAAGACUACAAAAAAGACGACGAAGAAGACUACCAAGAAGACAACCACUAAAAAGCCGAACACCACGAAGCCUUCCACUGGUAAGGCUACACAAUCCAAGCCUGGAGAUGACUGGAGCUCCACACCUGCCAAUGCUCCUUCCAAUGCUGUCAGACAUAUUAUUUCUACUUGCACGAAGUAUGCUACCGUUACUGUCAGUGAUUCCUGGUGUGGUCCCUUCGCUGAAAAGUACGGUAUCACCCAAGCUCAACUUUACAGCUGGAACGCUGGUCUCCAUGGCCCUGGUGCUCAUGAAUGUGAUAAUCUCGAUGAUGGUAAGGCAUAUUGUGUUGCUGCUUAA